AAUGAAAUCUAUAUAUUAAGACAUGUUAAAUAGAGCAUAUAAUACUCUAUUCCAUCCAUCUGUAUAAUGGUUUAGAAUACUUACUCCAGUAAAUAAAUUUUAUUAAUAUAUUAGGGUUACAAUAUUUUCAGAUAUCCUGCACCAGCAUCUGAGUAAAUUAAUCAUGUUGAACAUGAUUUCAAAACUCCUUAUCGUGAUUCAAAAUAUUAUGUCAGACAUGAUGAACCUGUAAUUGAGAGAGUAGCAAAAGUAACAUUUACUGACCCUCUUAAUGAAACUCCAACAGAAAAGUAAUUGAUAAUAAAUUAAGAAUCUAUUAGAUUAGUCAGAUUAAAAUUAUUAACUAAAGAUUAAGUCAACAAUUCAGAAGCUGUAUAAACUGCAACUUAACUCUAUGAAUAAAAAUAUGGAUUACCUUUAUCUUAAAAAGGUUAGAUAUCAUUAUAUUAAAUUAGUCUAUUCAAAUUAAGUUGGAGGUGGAGAUGCACUCUAAGACUUUUUCUAAGGAGAAAACAUUAGAGAAGUUAUGGCCAGCUUUGUUAGACAAUAAUGGGAAGAAGUGAAUGAAAAUGCACUAGAAGAUUUGAAUAAUACUAAUUUAGAUGAUGAUUAUCAUCCAAAUUUAAAUGAAAAAGUUGGAUUUAAUCUUUAAGAAAAUGAUCCACUCUUUAGAUAAUUAAUAGUUGAUCUACACACUGUAGUUAAAAAUAUUGGCGUAUUUAUUUUAUUUUUAUACCUUUUUUCAUAUAGGAAAAAACAAAAUAAGAGGGUCAUUUAACAUUUUUCAGAGGAGAUCCAAAUUAUUGGCAUGUCCUUGAUAAUAGUUUCCCAGUGGAAUCUAUCAGAUUGAUAUAAAAUACUUUGGGUGAUGAAGUCUCCUAAUUAGGUAUUAAUAUGAGAUAAUACUUUUAGAUCCAAAAGCAUUGUCAAAAUAACAGAAUAGAGAAGAUUAUCAUAUAGAACAUAAAGUUUAAGUUCCAAUAGAAAAUAAAUAUUAUUCAUGAAA